AUGGGGCGGGCGCUCGGCAUCCUGAGCUGCUGCCUGGCGCUGGCGCUGCUGCCGCGCCCGGGCGGCCCCUCCGCAGGUACCGCAGCCGGGGCAGGUACCGCACCCUCCGCAGGUACCGCACCCUCCGCAGGUACCGCAGCCGGGGCAGGUACCGCACCCUCAGCAGGUACCGCAGCCGGGGCAGGUACCGCAGCCGGAGCAGCAGCCACUGCCUGUAAGAACCGGCCUCUAGACCUCGUCUUCAUCGUAGACAGCUCCCGUAGCGUCCGACCCGAGGAGUUUGAGAAAGUGAAAGUCUUCUUGUCAGAAAUGAUCGAUACCCUGGAUGUUGGUGAAAGAACAACGCGCGUGGCGGUCAUGAACUACGCGAGCACUGUCAAGGUGGAGUUUCCCCUCCGGACCUACUUUGACAAAGCCUCUAUGAAGGAGGCUGUGUCUCGCAUUGAGCCCUUGUCUGCUGGCACCAUGACCGGCCUUGCCAUCCAAACUGCCAUGGAUGAAGUCUUCACCGAGGAAAUGGGCACUCGGCCAGCGACCUUCAACAUCCCCAAGGUGGUCAUUGUUGUGACAGAUGGACGGCCACAAGACCAGGUUCAAGAUGUGGCGGCGAGCGCCCGGAGAGUUGGCAUCGAGAUCUACGCUGUCGGGGUAGACCGGGCAGACAUGCAGUCCCUGAGGAUAAUGGCCAGUGAGCCUCUGGAUGAACACGUCUUCUAUGUGGAGACCUAUGGUGUGAUCGAAAAGCUGACAUCCAGGUUCAGGGAGACUUUCUGUGCUGUGGACGUGUGUGCCCUGGGGAGCCACGGCUGCCAGCAGGUCUGUGUGAGUAACGGGGCAGCCCACCUCUGUGACUGCUAUGAAGGAUACACCCUGAAUCCAGAUAAGAGAACCUGCUCAGCUGUGGACCUGUGUGCACCUGGGAGGCACGAGUGUGACCAGAUCUGUGUGAGUAACAAUGGAUCCUAUGUCUGUGACUGCUAUGAAGGCUACACCUUGAAUCCAGACAAGAAGACUUGCUCAGCCAGGGACAUGUGUGCACCUGGAAGGCAUGACUGUGCCCAAGUCUGUCUGAGUAACGAUGAAUCCUACAGCUGUGGCUGCUAUGAAGGAUACACUCUGAAUCCAGACAAGAAGACUUGCUCAGCUUCUCCCAAACACAUCCUGUGUGAACUGGUGUGUGCACCAGGAACCUAUGACUGGCAGCAGGUCUGUGAGAGUGGAUCACAGACCUGUGACUGCUUUGAAGGCUUUAUCUUAAAUUCAGAUGACAAAACAUGCUCAAGAGCCGUAACGAACAGACUGGUAACAGCUGAAGAGUCCUGCAAAUGUGAAGCCAUAGUUGCCCUCCAGGACUCGGUGACCUCACGCCUUGAAGCUCUGUCGACAAAAUUAGAGGAAGUGUCUGAGAAGCUGCAGGCAUAUCAAGACAGACAGCAAAUUGUCUGAGCUAUCAUUUUGCUGGACUGUAAAGUAAUUUUUCAGAAUCAAGUCUUUUUAUUAUUUUCAGGAAGCUUUAUUUCAUUGCACAGAUUACAAAACAGCAGUUGGCUUAUUAUUAUCUACAAACGUCAAGAAGACUUCAGGAAGAUGAGAGUCUUGAAAAUACAAGAUCCCUGAGGAUCUUCAUGUACAGUCACUUUAUUGCCAUGAAGCUACUCAUACCUGCUGUGAUUCAGUUUGUACUGGAGAUACUGCUUUUCUGAAGUAACUGCAUAUUUUAUUCUCUUACUUCAAAGUAAAUGCAGAAAAAAAUAUAUAAAUUACUUUAUAUAAAACUUUGAAAUG